CAAACUAAAUAUUUGUUUUCUUUUCAUUUAUUAGCGUGUAAAUUGGUGAAGUUUAUGAAAAUACUUGUAAUAUGGACUCCAUUCAAACGUUAUACGGCAAGUGCCGUUGCUGUCUGAAGGCAGGCGAGCAUCGCGACGUCUUUAAAGUAUAUUACUGCGAUGGAACUCGCGAAGUAUACUUCGAUAUAUUCUUGGAAUGUUUCAAUGUUUUUCUUUCAAUAUCAAGCGGCAACGGUAAUCUGAUUUGUGCGGAUUGUAUCCAGAAGCUGCGAGAUGCAAGUAAUUUCCGCAAUAUGGUUGUUGAUGCGGAGAAGCAAUUGCAAUUUAUGAAAGACCCGCCAGACCUUGAGACCCAACAAGAAGUGACAUUAGUGAAGCUAGAGCCAGAUGAUGGUUACGACAACAUGGAGAUAGAAUACAAGGACGUGAACGUCCCACCAGACCUGGAUAUAAAGCAAGAAGGAGAAAGGGGGAAAGAAGAAGAGAGAAAAGAGAAGGCAGAUGAUCAUGACUACAUGGAGACAGAAUUCAAGGAUGGAAAGAAAACUCGCUCAAAAAACGUAAAAGCCCUACUAAGACGGGAAACGGAAUCGGAAAGCAAGAAGAAAAGCGACCAAAACCAUGUCACUGAGAAGACCGCUCACGUCCAUAACGCUCAGCUUAUUUUGGAGCACUCCAACGUCACGGCUUUCAAGGGCAAAAGCAGAGUUGGACUGCCCUGUUUCUACUGCAAAGACCUCUUCGACAACAUAGAAGAAUUACGAACACAUCAAAAAGAACACAAGAAAAGUGACAUGAAGAAAUCCCUUAAUUCCCUAAGCCCUUACUGUUUUAUUGUUAAUAUGGACAUAACAGACUUAAAGUGUACCUUAUGUGACGCUAGCUUUAAUACUUUAGAAGACUUUAAGUGUCAUCUAGAAUCAAAACAUAACAAAAAGUUUUACACCGAGUUCGAAGACAGAGUAAUACCAUUCAAAGUACCUAUGGAUAAUAAUUAUAUUUGCCAAAUAUGUGGUCUAAAGUUUGAGAGUUUUGGAUCAAUAGAAAGACAUAUGAACGGACAUUUCAGAAAUUAUAAUUGUGAUAAGUGCGACAGGGGAUUUGUGACCAACCAUAGAUUGAAUACUCAUGUUAAAACUAUACAUGUCGAAGGUAGUUUUCAGUGUGAUUCUUGCAAUAAAGUUUUUUCUUCCCAACAGAAGCUUAAAAGUCAUGUAGAUACAGUCCAUAAGAUGUUAAAGCGGUUUAAGUGCACAAAAUGUCCGGAGCGGUUCACCGCUUAUUUUAAACGAUAUCAACAUUUAGUCGAAAAACAUGGUCAAACCGAAUUAGAAUAUAAAUGUAAUGUUUGUGACAAAGUAUAUAGAAAAAAAAGUAUGCUAUCUCAACAUAUGAAACGAGACCAUUUGGAGGAGCGUUCUGUUCAAUGCGAAAUCUGUUUGAGUAGUUUUUUCUCUCGGAAAGAAUUAAACAUGCAUAUGGUUAAGCAUAACGGGGCUAGGAGUUUUGAGUGUGCGGUGUGUAAAAAGGCAUAUGCGCGGAAGAAAACGUUAACUGAGCAUAUGAGAAUACAUAAUAAUGAUAGGAGGUUUUCUUGCGCGGUGUGUGGGCUGGCUUUUGUACAGAAAUGUAGUUUGAAAGGGCAUAUGAAGACUCAUCAUGCUGAGUCUUUAAGCUGUGGGGAAAAAUGAAAUCAAUAGGGAAUAUUAGGCAAAGCUCUGCGUAGGUGGCACCACUAGCAUAUACAGUAAACAAACCU